AUGAACAGCCAGUCACAGCGUCAAAGACUUCGUACAAAGACGGGAUGCCUCACCUGCAGGAACCGACGAAAAAAAUGCGACGAGCAAGCGCCGAUGUGCGGGAGAUGCGCUCUCUCGGGACGCCGAUGCCAAUGGCCCACUUCGGCGGAAAUGCUCGAUCGUCGCUAUACAUCCCACAAGUCACGACAGCCGAAGACGUCAGAGAGCAACGAAGGCGAAUCCUGCCCGGCUUCAACAGGAAGCGAAAUAUGCCUACUAUCCGAAGCCACUGCGCAUCGUGUGAUCACCGGAGACCUGGAGUUUGUCAUUUCGCGCCACUUCAUAGAUCAGUACUACGGCCUUCUACUCCUUCCUAAUUGCCAUCCGGACUUCUACCAUGGCUGGAUCAACGAGAUCCAAGUGCUUAUGGUGGAGCACAAGAGCCUCCACUACUCGGUUCUCGCUAACGCCGCGUCGCAUCUCCACUUCAUCGAGGCUUCCAACCAGAUGCAGGAGCUCGCACUGACUUACUACUCAAAAGCACUGAGGGGCCUCUCGACUCUGCUCGCAAGAGCUGGGCAGCUGGAGAACCACAAUGGGAUCUUGAUGUCCGUGAUGCUGCUGUAUCUGCACGGGUGCAUGGGCAGAGGAACCUACCUUGACAUCCCGCGCCACCUCAAUGCCGCUUCCCGCGUGCUCACUAUGCGUCUCUUCCAAACCCCCCUCAGUAUUGGCCGCCCCUUCGACAGACUCGCCGUCGAAAGCGUCCUCUACCAAAUAUUUCUCGUUGCCACUGGUUUGUGGUCCGAUGAAAUACCGCUAGACUACGAUUUCGACGCCGACUUCUGGCUGCGUGCGGAGAGGCUGCUGGACCAGUCGGUGAUGUUCCCAGGGCAGUCGAAUAGCUUGAACAGCCCGGUACUGGGGGUGCCUGUACCGCUGUUCAGGCUGGCGAUUUCGCUGAAGCAAAUGUAUCAAAACGCGGUACCACCGAGUGAAGACUCCUUAGAACAGGUGCGAGGCGAAGUGGAGAUUUGGGAAGCCAUGGUGCUGUGUGAUCAGGAGAUGGAUAUGCUGUCUCCAACCGAGCAGCUCAAUCAUCAGCACAGCUACUACAAGAGCACCAGCUACUUAUACGUCCUCAUCAUCUCCCUGCUCCUAGACCAACUCUCCGAAACGCACAACCCCGCUACCGACGAACCGCGACCGGGACCUCCUCGCAUGGCACCGAGUGACAGAUGGCAGAUACGGAAGGCGAUCCGGAUUCUACAAGGCUAUAAAGACGACGAUGGAUGGGCGAGCUGCUUUAUGGGAAACUGGCCCGUCUAUACCCUGGGCUUCUUUAUGAGGACCGUCGACGAUGUUAACCUCACCCGCACGGAGCUCCAGCGGAGGUGGAAUUUGACGAAAUUUACGCAGCUUGCUCGGUUUAGCACGGAUUUGGAGAACACGUGGACGAGACGCGGACUUGGACCAUGA